GUGCCUACAAUGAAGUGUGUAUUCCUGCUGCUAGUGUCCGUUACAAUUGCCCUGGCACAGCUCAGGCCAAUACCACCCUUGCCAGACGUCAGGCAAUUACCACCCCAGCCACAGGUCAGGCCAAUACUACCCGUGCUACCUGCCAGGCAAUUACCACCCAACCCUAAGAAGGGUGGUUUAUGUGGCUGCUACCCCAUCGACAAUACUCUAUGCGCGAGCAACUACAAGACCUACUUGAACGAGUGUUCUAUGCGAUGUGACCACGACUACGAUGGUUUAUACGUGCUGUAUUACGGACCAUGCGUGCCUAAAGGACGUACACAAGACACUGUCUACUACCCGCGCCCGGGAGGCUUCAAGGAAUCUUAUGGUUAUAGUACAGGAAAAUAAGUCUACCCUGGACCACAUAGAAAUCCAGCUUGUUUAUGAAUUUCAUUCUUCGAUAUUUCUUCGCUGAUAUUGUCAUUCAUACUUGAAAACUUUGCGUCA